AUGGAUUCAGAGGACGACACGCGCGACUCCGCCGACGAGGACUUCUACAGCGGCGGCGAGGCGGGCCUCGCCCUCAGCGACGACGGGGACGCGGACUACGAUUUCGCCGACCGCGACUCCGAUGACUCGGAUGACCUAAUCUCCCACAGGCAGCAGCAAAACUACAGUGUACUGAGUGAAACUGACAUAAAGCAACAUCAAGCAGAUGACAUGAAUCGGGUUUCAACUGUUCUUUCAAUUUCGAAAUCAGAAGCUUGCGCCCUUCUUCGCAGUUAUAACUGGAGCGUUAGUAAGGUGCAUGACGAGUGGUUUGUUGAUGAAGCACGAGUUCGUACUGCCGUUGGUUUACCGGAGAAGCAAAACGAAAUGCCAAAUGAAAGAGAACUUACGUGUGGGAUUUGCUUUGAAAGUUGUCCACGUGAGUCAAUGGGUGCUGCUUCAUGUGGGCAUCCUUUCUGUGGUGUAUGUUGGAGAGGCUAUAUUAGCACAGCUAUAAAUGAUGGUCCAGGAUGUUUGAUGUUGAGAUGUCCUGAUCCAUCCUGUUCUGCUGCUGUUGGACAAGAUAUGGUUAAUUUAUUCGCUAGUGACGAGGAUAAGGGGAAGUAUGAACGAUAUCUUUGCAGAUCUUACAUUGAAGAUAAUAGAAAAACAAAAUGGUGUCCUGCUCCGGGCUGCGAGUAUGCUGUGGAAUUUGUCGUUGGCAGUGGCAGCUAUGAUGUUUCUUGUGGCUGUUCUUACGGGUUCUGUUGGAACUGCACGGAGGAAGCUCAUCGCCCUGUAGACUGUUCCACAGUUUCCAAAUGGAUUCUCAAGAAUAGUGCGGAAUCCGAGAAUAUGAACUGGAUACUAGCUAAUUCGAAGCCUUGUCCCAAGUGCAAGCGGCCUAUUGAAAAAAACCAGGGCUGCAUGCACAUUACGUGCACACCGCCAUGUAAAUUUGAAUUCUGCUGGCUUUGUCUUGGUCCAUGGUCAGAUCACGGGGAGAGAACAGGUGGUUUUUAUGCUUGUAACCGUUAUGAGGCAGCAAGGCAAGAAGGAGCGUUUGAUGAUUCUGAAAGGAGAAGAGAAAUGGCAAAGAAUUCCCUCGAGAGAUAUACACAUUACUAUGAGCGAUGGGCAGCCAAUCAGUCAUCAAGGCAAAAGGCGCUUGGGGAUCUGCAGAGUCUGCAGAAUGAUAAGCUUGAAAAGCUAAGUGACAUACAAAGCCAACCUGAGUCACAGCUUAAGUUCAUAAUUGAAGCAUGGUUACAGAUUGUUGAAUGUAGGCGGGUAUUGAAGUGGACUUACGCAUAUGGUUAUUACCUUCCAGACCAUGAACAUGCCAAAAGGCAGUUCUUCGAAUACGUUCAAGGUGAAGCAGAAUCUGGUUUGGAACGCCUUCAUCAGUGUGCGGAGAAAGAACUUCAGAUCUAUCUCGAUGCAGACUGCCCAUCUAAAGAUUUUAAUGACUUCCGUACAAAGUUGGCUGGAUUGACCAGCGUAACUCGCAAUUAUUUCGAAAACCUGGUCCGUGCAUUGGAGUCUGGAUUGAAUGAUGUUGGAGCUCAUAGCGGCCAAGGUGCAUGUAGCAAGGCCGUAAGCUCCAAGAACCUUGGCGGUAAGAGCAAGAGUGGCAAGAACAAGGCACCUGUUGGUGCCUCGAAGUCAGGCAGCUCAACCCGUGGUAUGGAUGAUGGGAACAUCUGGGCCUGUGAUCAGUGCACGUUUGCAAACCCUAGGUCUGCUAGGAGCUGCCAGAGGCACAUGGCGCAUGAAGUUACUGGCCUCUAG